AUGUAUGUCCCUCCAGAGCAGCUUGAGUCGUUCUCGGACCCCAAAGUUUACCUCGAAUAUCGCAAGAAACUAGAAGGCUCUUUCUGGCGAAACUUCGACGCACAGCUCAGAGACUCAGAAACCAGCAAAACUUCCGCUCAAAACUUCAGAGAAUUGAUGCGCAAGAGGUUGGCAGAGAAGCCCGAACUAUUGGAGCAAAUAUUGCCUGACUUUCCUCCACAUUGCCGCCGUCUCACACCCGGUCCUGGAUACCUAGAGGCUUUGACAAAGGGCAAUCUUAGCUUUAUCCAAACUCCUAUUUCACACUUCACAAAAGACGGAAUUGUGACAAACGAUGGGGUAUAUCGCCGUGUCGACGCCGUUAUCUGCUCCACAGGCGCAAAUGUCGACUUUGCGCCUCCUUUUCCUAUUGUUGCUGGUCCAUAUGAUCUGUCUCGCGAUUGGCGGCCAGAAGGGAAGUUUGGCUUUCCCUACACCUAUAUGGGUGUUGCAACCCCUGGUCUUCCUAACCUUCUGCAACUGCAUGGUAUGUUCUCAUCUUUGUUGGAAGAAUAG